AUGCAGCACCCUACCUUUAUUUUGAUAACAGUAUCAGUAAUACUAAAUAUUUGUAUCUGCUUCCCAUUGAGUCAAUUCUAUGAUUUUGGUUUCGAUGCUGGAGACAGCGAAUUGCCCGCAAAUGACGAUGGCUCUACUUCAAGUAUUUCUAUUGCAGUACCAUUUCCUUUCUUUGGAUCUUCUUACAAUUCCAUUUACGUCAAUAACAAUGGGGACGUUACGUUUGAGGCGCCAUUGAGACAGUUUACAUCACAGCCCUUCCCAAUAAAUGGAAGUCAUAGAAUCAUAGCACCAUUUUGGACUGAUAUAGAUACAAGGCAAGGAGGGAAAUUAUGGUAUCGCAAUACCACAGACUCCUCCAUAUUACAAAGAGGGACUAAUAAGAUCAACUCUCUCUUUCCUGACAUUGUAAAUUUCACUGCCACGUGGAUGAUGAUCACCACAUGGGAAGAUGUAGCUGCGUAUGGCUGCUCUGCCACCAGUGGAAUAACGUGUCAGCAGUGGAACACAUUUCAGCUUGUUUUAAUCAACGAUGGAGUUUAUUCAUUUGUCGUAUUUAAUUACAACAAAAUCAACUGGACAAUGUCUGCCCAGGUCGGGUUUAACGCUGGUGAUGGAGAAAAUUACUAUUCCGUUCCUGGGUCCAUGACAUCCGCGAUGUUAAAUCUUCCUCAGAUGUCUAACAUUGGAAUUCCAGGACAGUUUGUUUUUAGAGUGGAUCAGUCUAAAAUAACUAAUGCAGAUAUCGUUGAUGAAUGCGCCAGUUCUCCGUGUAUUCACGGAAAUUGUUCAAAUGAGUAUCUAUAUUAUGAAUGUAUCUGUGAUCCUGGAUACACGGGUGUGAACUGUGAAAAUGAAAUUGAUGAGUGUCAAAGUUCGCCAUGUAUCCAUGGAAACUGUUCUGACCAUCUUGAUUAUUAUACUUGCCAUUGUCAGGAGGGAUUUACAGGAACAAACUGUCAGACAGAUAUGGUCGACGAAUGCGCUAGUUCUCCCUGUAUUCAUGGAUAUUGUUCAAAUGAAUACCUUCAUUAUGAAUGUACCUGUUAUCACGGAUACACGGGUGUGAACUGUGAAACUGGUGAGAAUUACUUAGAUUUGUACAUUAUAUUAAGUUGA